AUGCCAAUGAGUACAAACGUGGGAACACCAAGGGAAUGGAAGCAAGUAAGGAAACCAGAAGACGAUAGAAGUGACGAUAUUAUAGGAACAGGAGAGAAAUCAAGAGUUGAUCUUCAAGAUAAUGGGGAUGAAGUAGUGAUAGUACUGACUGGUGACAUUAUGACCACGAGUGGUGAUGAUUCGGAAGGACCUAGCAAUCAGGAGUUAAUAAGCGACAAUUGUAUAAAAGGUAACAAGGGAGGAAUGGAAAGCAAUGACCUCAUAGAAACAAAAGGAGAACCAGAAGUUGACAUCCAUGAUGAUGAGGAUGGAGUGGUAAUAGUACCAACCAGUAAUAUCAUGACCACAAGUUGUGAUGAUUCGGAAGGACCUAGUAAAAAGACAAAUCAAGAGUUAGCCAGUGACAACCACGUGAAGAAUAGCAAGAGAGGAAUGAAAAAUAAUAACCUUGCAGGGAUAAGAGGACUAAGAACUGAUUCCUAA